AUGGAACAGAAGCUAAGACAUUUUCUUGAUAACUCCAACUUCAGGAAAGAUCGACGAAAGAGAAAGAAUGCACCAAAAGCAAGCAAAUGCAAGGAUGACCAUGGAACCGAUGAGGUAUUGACCAUUAGGAACGGAGAGAUAGUUGUGAAUGAGGCAAACAUGUACGUUAACACACACAAGAAUGUUGAUAUGGAGGUGAUGGAGGAUGACCGGAUAGUAACGUCAUCGACAUUUAGCAAGCGAAAAGGAGCACUGAGAUGGAGCAAGAAGGAGAUAGAACUGUUCUACAAGGCACUAGAGAUAUGCGGGAUUGAAUUUUCGUUGAUAAGCUCAUUGUUUCCGAAUAAAGACAGGAAACACGUGAAAGCCAAGUAUAUCAAGGAGGUAAAGGCAAAUCCAGAUAGGAUUAACGAAGUGCUAAAUGAGUGCAAGACAUUUGACCAAGCAGCAUACAAUGAUCUUAGAAGUUAUCUUGAUGAAUAG